AAGUGCUUCGGAAGAUCUCGUUUUUUCUCGGCGCAUCUUUUCAUACGUGUCAUCAGCCUGGGCACCACGCAUUGCGUCGUGGUUGCUUAGGUGAAGCAGUCAUGGACAGGCCAGCGCCCGUGCAACGCCCUACGAAAGCCCAGUGCUUUCUCUUCAAUGUGCCCGUUUCAACGCCGGUUGACGCCAUCAUCGACUCCGUCGAAGAAGUCGUAGGUGCCGGAGGUUUGCAGUAUCUGCAACAUCACGGCGGCAACAAGUUCUUGGCAGCUGUCCGGUCCGCGGCUCAGGCAGCCAAGAUGGCGGAAGGCUCUCUGCUACUCGCCAACAAGAUCGUACCGCUGGAACGCAUGGGCACUCCAGUGGUUUAUGUGACGGUGUAUCGUCUUCCACCCUGUGUCAGUGACGACGUCCUGACUGCUGCACUAGCACCGUAUGGGAAGUGCCGAGGCAUUUCCGAUGUUGUUUUCAAGGACAGGACGGACAUCAGCAAUGGCAGCCGACUGGUCAAGCUCGAGAUGGUAAAACCUCCACCGAAUUUCAUCACGGUGACUGGCUUUCGGGUAAUGCUGGAAUACAAAGGAAUGAAGAGAGUGUGCUCCAAGUGCGGCGAAGAAGGUCAUUUUGGAGCCUCCUGCACGUCAUCUCGAUGCGCCCGAUGUGCCAUUUUCGGCCAUCCCACUGCAACGUGCAAUGCACCAUGCAGACGUUGCAAUGGCGAGCACGCCACUGUUGACUGCGUGCAACCACGUUCGUAUGCUGCUGCGGUGGCAACAGCAACGCCCGCACAACCAGCUCUGGAGGACAACGCACCUGAAGGAACAGCGCAGACGCAAACCACCGAUCAACCAGGAGAAGAAGAAAGUGCACCAGAGGUGCCGACGCCAGCGUCCGCCGGUGCGAGCGACGCAGCGUCUUCUCCCUCUACUGACGCGGAGAGCAACGAGACGCUACCUGCCAUAAUGUCGUCGUCGGCAACGGAAGAUGACGAGGAGCCUGCGUUAGACGCCCCGCUUACGCGAUCACAGCGAGAACGGCUUCUUACAUGUGCUACAACACCGAACGCUGGCGAGGACGCAGAUGGACGCCAUCUCGGCAUCUCCGAAGUCUCGGCCGGUCCGUCGAGGAUCACGCCGGUUGUCAAGACAACGACAGCGCUUGCAAGUAGUACCAGUGCGGCGGUGAAAGAGAGACGCACGCGCUCGCAAACGGCGUCUGAAGACGCCAAAAGAAUUCUGUCUUCAGAGAGUUCUACGUCAUCAGAACCAACUUCGACACCCUCCAAGAAAUGCAAGAAAAUGCCACGAGACACCACUACCAUGGACGUUGUCUCCGAUUCGGAGACGUACUAACGAUGGCGCCUUACACCGCUCCUGCUGCCCGUAAGGGCUGCUUUUCCUCUACUCCCCACUA